GGGCGGCCCAACGGCCGCGCCUGCCUCCUGCCGCGCCUCCUGGCGGCCGUCGGUCCUCUCUCGGUCCCCGUCUAAGGCCGGGCAGUGUGUCUGUCCUCAGCGAGGCGGCUCCCUCAGCUCUGGGUGCUGCCUGCCUUCUCCCGGCGGCGCCUCAAGGCACAGCCCAGCAGCCUGCCCCUAUCGCACCGUGGUACCAGCAGGUGCUGACUGACCUGCACCGUCAGUCCUCCUCCUCCUCCUCAGUCUUCAGUGCCCUCGGAUGAGGCUGGCAUCUUCCAUUGCGAAUGAGACUGGUGCUCGUUCUGACGGCAGAACGCAGCCUGAGGGGGCUCAGAUCAUCUGGAGUUUCAACCUCCAGCCACCAGGGACACAGGCAGCCAAGCCUAGUCAAGGGUCCCACUGAGAGAAAUUUAGGAUGAGGCAGACAAGGGGUGAGCUGACUUGGAGAGCACGUACUUCAUGCUCCCUACCUCUCGGGAUGUACCAGUCCUCGUGCUCUUCCUCACUGGGGACAUAACAUCCACUUACACUGGUGAAUGUAGGUGUCCAGAGGUAGCAGAUGAAAAUGGCAGGAUGGCAAAUUACUACCCAUUGCAGGUUUAAUGAAGAAUACACAUCUGGUGACUAGAACCAGCUAUGAUGGGCCUCAGUGCGCUUCUUAGAGAACUUUAAAUCUCGCUCCUGGAGAGUCAUCUGCGGAGGGGGGACCGAGCUUGGAAGAGUCUUUACAGGAUGGGUGCAGCGAUCUUUCCAGAGCACCCAGGCAGCUACGGCCUCCCAGAACACCUGUGCUGCUGAUGACAAUAAGGCUACAAGCCCUGUACCUCAGGACAGUCCUGUUUGCUCAUACAAUGAAUGGGACCCACUGGAAGAAGUCAUUGUGGGAAGAGCUGAAAAUGCUUGUGUUCCUCCUUUUUCUGUGGAGGUUAAGGCCAACACAUAUGAAAAGUAUUGGGGAUUUUAUCAGAAAUUUGGAGGCCAGAGUUUCCCCAAAGACCAUGUAAAAAAAGCUAUUGCUGAAAUUGAGGAGAUGUGCAAUAUUUUGAAAAAAGAAGGUGUAAUUGUCAAGAGGCCUGAUCCAAUUGACUGGUCUGUGAAGUAUAAAACACCUGAUUUUGAAUCUACAGGUAUGUAUGCUGCCAUGCCAAGAGACAUCCUGCUGGUGGUGGGAAAUGAAAUUAUUGAAGCGCCUAUGGCUUGGCGUGCUCGUUUCUUUGAGUACAGAGCGUAUAGACGAAUAAUUAAAGAGUACUUCAACUGCGGUGCUAAGUGGACAACUGCUCCCAAACCCACAAUGGCAGAUGAGCUCUAUGAUCAGGAUUAUCCCAUCUGCUCUGUUGAAGACAGGCACAAACUGGCUGCUCAGGGAAAAUUUGUAACUACUGAAUUUGAGCCAUGCUUUGAUGCUGCUGACUUCAUUAGAGCUGGAAGAGAUAUCUUUGUACAAAGGAGUCAGGUUACUAAUUACAUGGGCAUUGAAUGGAUGAGGCGACAUCUUGCACCAGACUAUAGAGUGCAUGUAAUAUCCUUUAAGGAUCCAAACCCUAUGCACAUUGAUGCCACAUUUAAUAUCAUUGGACCUGGUCUUGUGCUGUCUAACCCAGACCGUCCCUGCUACCAGAUUGAUCUCUUCAAGAAAGCAGGCUGGACAGUGAUUCACCCCCCUGUGCCACUCAUCCCAGAUGAUCACCCACUGUGGAUGUCUUCUAAAUGGCUCUCCAUGAAUGUCCUAAUGCUGGAUGAGAAACGCGUGAUGGUCGAUGCCAAUGAGACUUCAAUUCAGAAGAUGUUUGAAAAACUGGGCAUUUCUACAAUUAAAGUGAAUAUUCGCCAUGCCAAUUCAUUGGGAGGUGGUUUCCAUUGCUGGACAUGUGAUAUCCGCCGCCGUGGUACCCUGCAAUCUUAUUUUGACUAGUCAUGAGCUAACUAGGCAGCUAUAGUUCAGCUUCUAAAAUAAGCAUAGGAAAUGAGCUCAUGCAGCCAUUUUAACAAAAGUGAAAUUAAUUUGUUAUAGUGCUUGAUCAGUGGUGUCCUUACAGUGGUCUAGGGAAUGAUUUAUUCUUAGGUACUCUUCACUUUAAGCAAUAUAAUUGAAACUACUUCCAUCAGCAAUACAGGUUUUCUGGCUGGCUUUUUGAAAGACAUCCUUCAUCUACGAAGCCCUCUCACAUUGGCUUUGAAUGUAAAAACUUGACAAGAUGGCUAAAGGCUCUUGCUAGAUGAGUUUGGUCACUAACAUUGGACAUCUACCUCUGUCUGAUACUCUAUCAAAUAGGCAGCUUGAAAUGUUAAACUUGAAUUAACAUUUCUUAUUCCUUUUAAUCGGUUUAUUGUUCUAAUAUAUUAGUGUUUAAUGCAGUUAAAACAGAUGCGACUGUACAGAUCUCUUAUGGAACCAAGUAAUUUUAUAAUGCUUUUCAUGUUGGGCCAUACAGAUAUUCAGAGAAUUUCCAGUAUGAUCUAACUUUAAAACAUUAUUUUCAUUUACUUGUGAUGUCCGUCUACAUUUUCUUCUAAUGCAUUUGUCAUGCAUCUGAACACUUUUUUAUAUUACUUUUUGUAUUGCUGAAAUUGGUUCUUUUAUUUAACUUUUUAAAGUGUACAAAUGGUAGCUAAUAGUCUGCAUCUACAGGUUUUGCUGUGAAUUGUUUACGUAACUAAAAAAAAAUGGAAAGAAAAAAAAAAGAGCUGACACCUCCUUCACUGCUCAUGCAACCUCCUUCAACUGUAGCAGAUACCGCGAUUUGAGUAUUGAUUACUGAAUAUGUACUUUUUAUGCUAAUAAACUUUUUUGCAUUCUC